GCCUGGGCAGUAUGAAUGCACUUACUACCCUCUGCAACCAUAGCCAUACUAUUGAUUUUAAUUGCCACCAUCACUUUUCAGCGUCGUGGAAUCCCAAUUGGCCCAAAUUGUUGUCAAUUCCUCAUCCCAGAAACCGCCGCCUCACUUCGUCUCUGCUAAUCGAGACGGUGGAAGGCCAAGUUGCCGCUGAUUCUGAGCAAACUCCUCCAUCUGUUGCUCGUCGUCUCAUUCUGCUUCGUCAUGCCAAGAGUUCCUGGGAGGACCCCUCCCUUAAAGAUCACGAUCGACCCCUGAGUGGAAAAGGACAAGCCGAUGCUGUCGAAAUCUCUCACAAGCUCCAGCAGUUGGGCUGGAUUCCUCAGCUCAUUUUAUCCAGCAAUGCACUGCGAACUAGGCAGACUCUUAAGACAAUGCAGCAACAAGUGAAAGGCUUCUUGGAAGCUGAGGUCCAUUACUUUCCCAGCUUUUAUUCCAUUGCCGCCAUGGAUGGGCAGACUGCUGAGCACCUCCAACAUAUCAUCUGCAACUAUUCAAGGGAUGACAUACUCACCAUCAUGUGUAUGGGACAUAAUAGGGGCUGGGAGGAGGCAGCAUCAAUGUUGACAGGGGCGUCCAUAGAACUGAAGACUUGCAACGCUGCUUUGCUUGAAACUACUGGGAAAUCUUGGGAUGAGGCAUUUGCUUUGGCAGGACUUGGGGGUUGGAAAUUGCAAGGCAUUGUGAAACCAAGUUAGCCAGAACUUUGUACACAUUCAUACUAGCUAGUAGAAACAUUGCAACGUAGGUGGGAGCUAGGAAGCACGUUUGCCAGAUGGCACAGCAGCAGAAGUUAUCCAUGACGGUUGCUGCCGACGCAUAUUCUUACACUUGUUAAAGAUAAAAGUUUUGUAUAUGCACUGACAGGUAAAUGUAGGUCUCCUUGUUUUUAUUUUGUUUUCAAAUAUAAGGGAUACGUAUGAGGUUCCUAUGCAA